GAUCCGAGAGGUGCGACCUUUAUUUGAGAGCAGGGGAAUUCAUUUCCGUGUGUCUUGCAGGCUUCAUGGUACUGCUGACAUCACCGACGUUGAUGGAUCACUGGUACUUGAUUCGACCUAGGACGAGAUGACGUCAGACGGCGUGAGGGCGCUCUCAAUCGCUGUUUUGAGCAACACAACUGGCUGAGCGAGUAUGUCAAUUGAGGACAUGUGUAUGCGAGGUGUCUGGGGUCCGGAGGGUUUUGUUCGGCUGGAAGUUGCACAAAGCUGGGUCGUAGCGUCACUAAGACUCUCACUCGGUGGACUUCCUCCACUGUCUUCUUCGCUCAAUCGCCCCUCGCGGCGACCUGCGCUCGAGCCCGUUGCUCCUCUUGAGAUGUCUGCCAACCGCUGGGUCCCCAGCAGUGCCCAACGUGAAGGCGCUAUCGACGUGGAUACACCUGAGGUUGUGGCCUGGAAAGCUAAAUCACUCCUCAACAAGCUCACUACGGAGAAUUUCCACACGAUUUCUGACCAAAUUAUUGCAUGGGCCAACAAGUCGGAGAACGAAAAGGAUGGACGGACCCUCAUUCAGGUCAUCAGGCUCGUUUACGAGAAGGCUAUUGACGAUGCCGACCGCAGCGAAAUGUAUGCUCGACUCUGCUCCAAGAUGAUGGAAACGAUCAGUCCCAAAGUUCAAAGUGAUGGCAUUAAGAGCACCGACGGGACACCUAUUACAGGUGGUCAGCUCUUCCGGAAGUACCUUCUUAGUCGGUGUCAAGAUGACUUUGAGCGUGGUUGGGUUGUCAAGGGAGCCACAGCUCGUACAGCAACCAAAGCCAGUGAUGACGAAGCAAUCAAGGCAGCCAACGAGGGCGAGUUUUACAACGAGGACUACGUAGCUCAGAAAGCGAAACGUCAAGGUCUCGGUCUUAUCAAGUUCAUCGGCGAGUUGUUCAAGCUUCAGAUGCUCUCCGAACGUAUCAUGCACAAAUGUAUCAAGGAGCUACUUGGUAAUAUGGAGAACCCUGAGGAAGAAAACAUCGAGAACUUGUGUCAGUUGUUGAGAACUGCUGGCCAAUUUUUGGAUGUUCCCAUGACACGUGUACAUAUGACCUUGUACUUCCAGAAGAUGAGGGAGCUCUGCAAGAGCCCCAACGUUCGUCCUCGUAUGCGAUUCAUGCUUCAGGAUGUAAUCGAACUCCGUGACAGGAAAUGGCAACCUCGUGGUGCUGUUAAUGCAACUACUACGUUUGCCUCAGUGCACGAAGUGGUCUGUAUCCGUCGUUUACUGCCAAGCCGAGCCCCUAGCCAGAAGCCUAGUACGAACGUGGACAAACCGGAGGCUACCCCACAGCGUAAGAAGCUUCAACUCCUACCCCGCACGAUCCCCGCACGAGGUGAAGCUCCGUCGCCUUCGUCGGCGGAAAAACCUGAGGCAGCACCUGCAGCCCAGAUGUCCGAAAAAGAUGCACAGAAGAAGAUUGAUGAGGACGUUAAGGAAUUCUUUGCUGUCCGUAGCCUUGAAGAGGCGGAUGCAUACUUUACAGCUCUCACGGAAGAGCAUCGAUUCCUCCUGGUUGCCAAGCUCGUUUCAUCAGCACUGGAAAGCAGGGAAGCUGAUGCUCGCUUGGUCGCUGACUUCUUCUCCCGUCCUGCAUCACGGCACGAGUGCUCGCCAGAUGCUUUUGAAGCUGGAUUCAUGCUCACGGCGAAGCUACUAGAGGACAUUGUUAUUGACACCCCCAGGGCAUUCGACUACAUGGCGAUCAUGUUGGAGGGGGCCGGAAUAGACAAGGACGAGGAGAGAAUGAAGCGCAUUGCUGAGGUGAUGAAAGGCGUCAGCCUCCCGCGGAAUAAUGUGUGUUCCGUCAGACAGGGAUCGUCCUCAAACUUUGGCUCAAUAGAUGAUGCCUCUGUUCCUGUUUCGUCUUCGCAUACCGCGACCCCAGUGGUUGGACACGGAAGUUUCAAGACUUUUGGCUCUCUGGCUGUAACGACAACUACGACAUCAAAUAUCAUAAAUGGAAAAACUCCCGUUUCAGGUCUGUCCGCCAGCCCGUUUAAGCCUUCAUCGCGACCCGCAGCUACAGCUCUAUCAAUAUCAUCACCGACAUCAGCACUAGCCAGCCUGACAGCGGUACCGUCCGCAACGACAUCGCCGAUGGCUCCAGCGUCUGGUUCUGACUCUACCUUGUCCACAUCAUUAGCCGCUACGACGUCUUCGUCUACCAAUUCCGCCAGUACAAAGUCCGCUUUUGAUGUUGCCGAACUGUUCGCUGGUCUGCAGUCACGGUCGAUGUCAGGCCCCGGUGGCCCCCCGAUGCCAUCCACAUCCACUGCUCCUGGCGGUCAUAGCCCCAAUACUGCAUUCUUUCCGGCGGCCCCUCGAUCCCCCAAGAUUGCCAUUAAAGGUGAAGACGGGAUGGGGAUUAAACUUGAGUCAUCCAAGAAGCCCAGCCCUCAGCCACCUGCUGUUCCGAUACCCCCGCCUUCUCCAAUAACAAACCUUCGAUCAACACCUGUGCGCACCGAGAGCGAAUGGGCUAAGUGGAAACGCGAGAAGGAGGCCAAACGGCAACGACAAAAGGAGACCGAGGUAGAGACUCGGAAGCAAUGCGACAUCGUUGAGUGUCCGACACAAGAAACAUUGGAAGUUGAGGAGGAUGAGGCGAUGGAGAACGGAGAGAUAUUGGAGUCCCAUGUAAACGGUGCUAGUAUUAAUGCCAGAUGCCAGGAAGAGUCUCUGCGGAUCGACACUUUCGAAUUUGCCAGACGUCGGCCGCGUCCUCUCGAUAUGAAAGCCAGCACGGUCGGGUUGGCACAGCAAAGUCCAGGAUUUGGGCCGCUAGCACCUGCGUUUGAGCCUGUCGCUCCUGAGAUAUCCGCCACCCGCUGGAGACCCAGCGGUGCCCAAUGUAAAGGUGCUACUGGUGUGGAUACUCCCGAGGUUGUGGACCGGAAAGUUAAAUCACUCCUCAACAAGCUCACUGUGACGAACUUAGACUCGAUAUCUAACCAGAUCGUUGCAUGGGCUAACAAGUCGGAGAACGAAAAGGAUGGACGGACCCUCAUUCAGGUCAUCAGGCUCGUUGUCGAGAAGGCCAUUGACGAUGCCGACCGCAGCGAGAUUUAUGCCCGACUCUGCUGCAAGAUGAUGGAAACGAUCAGUCCCAAAGUCCAAAGUGAUGGCGUUAGGAGCACCGACGGGACACCUAUUACAGGCGGUCAGCUCUUCCGCAAAUAUCUGCUUAAUCGGUGUCAAGAAGACUUUGAGCGUAAUUGGGUUUCCAAGGAAGCCACGGCUCGUGCGGCGGCAGCCAAAGCCAGUAACGACGAACCAGUGAAAGCAGCCGGCAAGAAGAAGGGCGACGAGAGCGAGCUCCACUCCGACGAGUAUUUCACGGCUCAGAAAGCGAAACGGCAGAGUCUCGGUCUCAUCAAGUUCAUCGGCAAGUUGUUCAAGCUGGAGAUGCUCACUGAACGUAUCAUACAUGAAUCUGUCAAGAAGCUGCUUAAUACAGGUCACCCCGAGGAAGAAGAGAUCGAGAGCUUGUGUCAGCUGUUGAAGGCUGUUGGCCAACUUCUGGGUGUUCCCAAGGCACGUGCACAUAUGGACGUGUAUUUCCAGAGGAUGCGGGAGCUUUUCAAGAGCCCCAACAUUAGUCCUCGUAUGCAGCUGAUCCUUCAGGAUGUCAUCGAACUUCGUGACCGGAAGUGGCAACCUCACAGUGCGGUCGUUGUGCCCACUACGCUUGCCGAUACCACCGAUAGCAAGCUCCUCUGCGAACAACCUUCCCCGAUGUCUGAAGGCCCACGCCCAGCGUCUGUUGGCGAUGACCCUGCUCCUUUGCUCAGCCGUCCGACAUUCACACGAAAUCCUAGCCAAGGUGGGUCCAGUGGACACCCGAUGGGCGACUGCCGUUUGUGCAGCACGUGUGGCGCGAAGCGCGAGGUCGGGGCAACGGACGUUGUUACAAGCCCAAUGCCCGUUACUGUCAACCUCAAUGUCGAUGACCCUGUUCAUGUGCGUCAGGGCCGUUCUGUCCCAGAAGUACCCACGGUGCAACCACCUCCUAUGCCAGCACCUACGAACACAGAUAUACCAGUGGAACCAAUGCUAUUAUCUGCGGUUCAACAGGCAAACCUUGGACCACGCCUCUCCCUCUUCGAAUUCUGUGCGAAGUAUGAAUUAUCAGAUGAGUUACAAAUAAAGCUUCGAUCAAACGGUUUCAUAUCCAGUCAUACCCUUCGGUUUACUUCACUCGAGGAUGUUAAUGCUAUUGGGCUCCUUCGUGGUGAGAUCGCACAGUUGCGUGAUGCUGUAUCACGCUGGUGUGGUGUAUAGACUUCGAACCAUUGCCCUGAAUUCAUUGUACUAGUAAUGUGACACACAAUUGUAUGUUUUGAAACAGGAUCAAACUGGGUAGCCAGAACUUGUAUGGGUACGGGUUAGGGACUGGGACCCUGUAGCAUGGGUACGCUAGUCUCGUAACCGGACGGUCUUCCUUUUGGUCACCGGAAGAUCCCGAAGUUGACCGCGGUGAAGAGUGGUCUCGAGACAUUCAGGGAAGACAGUUGGACGUAUCCCUUGGUAUCGCUGUCCAUCCUUGGCUGUUACGACUUAUCAAUGGGAAAAUUUGAAGAAGCACAUCAUAGGUUAAGAGUGAUAGUGUAUCCAACUUUUGAUCUUGCAGAAGGCUCCUUUGAUCGGGUUGAGGUCUAGCAAGUGGAGUCCAUGGGGACACGGAGUCUGGCUACCCCAAACCAUCAUACUCGAAUUGAUCCAUCCACG